AGACCGGGGGACUGGAGCAGACGAAUCCAUCUGUACGCCGCUCACAGCGCUUCCGUCGGUCGGAAUAUCCUGCCGUUUUCUUCAGAAACUUGGAAACUGUACGCGAUGCAUGAAUGCUAGAAGCGCCUCAUAUCCCCCUCCUCCCUUUUGUUUCUUUUCCGUUUUAUUCUUCUUUCCUUAAAGGCGUUUCAAACGUCUUUGUCUCAGGAAACUAGCGCUACAUUCACAGAAAAAACGUCCUGAGAAGCAUCAUCAUGAGCGUACUGCCCCCUGUAAGGAAAGACCGCAUAAUUAGCCAGCUUCCUAAGUGCUUCAACAAAGGUGCUGCUUUGAACACAGAGGAUGAAUUUCACGGCAAGGUGAAGACGGCCUGUCUGCAGCAGAGGACAGGAACUGUGGGUAGGUUUAAGAUCUCCAAGGUCAUUGUAGUGGGUGAUCUGGCAGUGGGGAAAACCUGUCUGAUUAAUAGGUUCUGUAAAGAUGUCUUUGACAAAAAUUACAAGGCCACCAUUGGUGUGGACUUUGAGAUGGAGAGAUUUGAAGUCCUUGGGGUCCCUUUCAGUUUACAACUGUGGGACACUGCAGGACAGGAGAGAUUUAAAUGCAUUGCCUCUACAUACUACAGAGGAGCUCAGGCUGUAAUCAUUGUGUUUGAUUUGACUGAUGUGGCUUCACUGGAGCAUACAAGGCAAUGGCUGGAGGACGCAAUGAAAGAGAAUGAUCCUACCAGUGUAUUACUCUUCUUGGUAGGCACAAAGAAAGAUCUGAGUUCUCCUGCACAGUAUACACUAAUUGAGCAGGACGCCAUUAAACUGGCAGAUCAGAUGAAAGCAGAGUACUGGGCUGUGUCUGCCUUGUCUGGGGAGAAUGUAAGAGAGUUUUUCUUCAGAGUGGCAUCUUUAACGUUUGAGGCAAAUGUUCUGGCAGAACUGGAGAAAAGUGGAUCCAGACGUAUUGGGGAAGUUGUUCAAAUCAACAGCAACUCAAACAUGUAUGCAACUUCCAAGAAGAAACAGACCAACUGUUGUCAGUAAAGACUGGCCAUGUGAAAAUGCAAACAUUUGCACCAACAUAAUGGUACCAAAGCAAAACAUACACACAAAUGUACUUAUACAUACAUAGGGAGAAUCUACAAGAUAAGAAAAGUUGGAUGGACAAUAUUCCAA